ACAUUAUCAUAUCUAUCAGAAUCAGUGACCUGUACCUAUGACCUUUCACCUCCUUUAUGAGUCUACUGAGGACCGCCAUCUUGUCUAAGGGUUUUUGCACGUCCGAUAAACACUUCAGGUCAUGAUGGGGCAGGGUGCAGGAAAAAACAAAAAGGGAGCUGAGCAGCAGCCUGGUGCAGAGGAUGCUGGGAAGGCAGCAGAGGAUGCUGGGAAGGCAGCAGAGGAUGCUGGGAAGGGAGCAGAGUUGGCACCUGCCGUCACCGCCACCAGGAGGACCACACGAGCUAGUCUUACUGCAACAGAGACUGACGUCUUGGAAGUUUCCUUCAAGGGACAACAAGGUUCUGGUGAGCAACCAUCGGGACUAGCAGGCAGAAAGACAAAGAGCAGUGGUGCCACAUCUCCUGCACAGUCCCCCUCCAGAAAAAGGUCACGUAUCCUUCCUUCCACAAGCAGCACAGACCAAGACAUGGAGGAUAUGGCACUGAAGAAAAAGCCAGUAGUGAUCCUUGAGCGUUUAAACAUGUCACCAGACCAGAAGACUGUUAUAAUUCCAGACGUAAGCAAGAUGGGCGAUGGAGCUGUUGGUUUCUCUGGUACAGGACAGAUCAUACCAAGCACAUCUUCAUACAAGGAAGCAAGCACCAGUUUCGAUGCAAGCCUUGCCAUUCAAACCUCUAGCCCUACAAUGUCACCUCGUCGUAAGACUAAGAGAGUCAGAUUUGAGGACAAAACUGUCGGGGAUUUAUCUUCAGGUGCCACUGUAAGCGACAAUGCCCAGGCUAUGAAAGAAAUGACUACCACAUCUUCCUCUGUGCAAGAAACAUCAGGACCAUCUAAAUCCGUCAGAGCUCCACAACCAAGUACCAGCAAGCCAGAAGCCACAGUGGAAGCCCCGGUAAGCUGCCCACCCAGCCAGAGGAGGAUCAAGCUUACAGCCAGGAAGAGUACUUUUUCGGGGAAGAAGCCCAAAAGGGUAGGUGUGCAAUCAGCUGUGGUAGGUACUAAUGAAGAUAGCAGUGAAAAUGAUGCUGCUAUCGAUCAAGUUCAGAAGGGGAAAGAAGAAACCAGUACUGCAGCAUUUGAGAAGACUGUAUCUUCUGUGACUACAGAAGAGACUGUAUCGGAAAACGUCGCCCCUGAAAAAGAAGGAAGCAAUGAUAAAGAACUGCCUGAAAAAAUACAGACGUCUCCGCCUGAACAAAUACACACAUCUCCAGUAGUUUCGGGCGACCACAACUAUGUCCGUGAUUCUUCUCCAGUGAAAAAGCCCACAAGAGCAAAGAGGAAAACUAAGUCAGCCUCGCCCAAAAAUGCCAGUGAGAACCAAGCAGUAGCUGAAAGCGGAACCCGUAGAAGGAGUUCACGAGCGCCCAAAGUGAAAGAGUUUGGAAAGGAGUUCCAGGUGGACUUGUAUUCCAAAACCACAGCUGACAAAGAGGAGGGUGACGAAGAACACAUAUCUGGGAAGGGGAAGGAAGAAAUUCCAAAACAGCAGUCGGAAAAUGAAGAUCACUCCUACAUAAUAAGGGUUUCCCGCAGGAAGAGCAGAAAGCCACAAAAGUUAGAUGUUUUAAAAGCCGAUGCCUUGAAGUUAGAUCAGGAAAAUGAAACUACUGUGGGAGAUGAGGACUUGACUGUGAAAGAAGAGGCAGAAGAUGAAGAGAGAGAUCAGACAGUAGCUAACGAACCCUAUUACUGUUCCGAGUGUUCACGGUCCUUUACUCGCCAGUACACCUUCAACCUUCACAUGGCAACCCACGCUGGUGGGAGCAAAGACCCAAAACAACGCAAAUGUGACCACCCGGGAUGUACCAAGACUUUCAGGUUAAAAAGCCACCUACAGGAACACGUGGCACAGCACCAAUUUGAAGACGUCGAAAUGCUUGAGACCAAGAAGGAAGUGCCAGACCAGUUGGAGACUGCCCAGGAAGAAGGAACAGAAGAUGACCCAGAGUACAAGCCUGGAAUACAGUUAGUAGGAAGAGGGAAGUCUCGAAGAAUGGUCACGCCGUGGGUGCCAUGUCGUUACCCCGACUGUAAGAAACUUUUCAUCAGCAAGCGGGCCUCCAGUAAGCAUGAGAGCCACUUUCACCAGCCUAACCCUUCACUACGAUACCCCUGUACGUAUCAGGGGUGCGAUCAGACCUUCACUAGUCGGCAUUACCAAGCCAAACACGAGUUAGCCGACCACCCUAAUGAUCCAGACAUGAGGCCGCACCAGUGUCCACACUGCCCGCUACGCUUCGCUCACACGGGCACUCUGACGAAACACCAGUCCGUGCACAACCGCCCUAAAGACUGGGCACCCAUCUCUCACAAGUGUACCCAGCCGGGCUGCGCGCGCGUGUUUCCGACCCCGAGCAAACUUCGAGACCACCUCCUUUCGCACGGCGUGUGCACCACGCAGAAGUACCAGUGCGAGACCUGCGGGAAGUUCUUCCCCAGAAAGGGUCAGCUCAAGAAGCACAUUGUGUACACGCACACGGACGCCGCGCACCACUGUACGCAGUGCGACAAGAGGUUCCACACCGACGCCAGCCUGGCAAGGCACGUUACCAUCGCCCACGACAGGAAAUGGCCUCUGUCGUGCAAGCAGUGCGGCCGAGGCUUCCGCACCAAGUCCCUCCUGUUAGACCACCAGAACAUCCACCGGGAGAACCCGGUCAAGUACAAGUGUCAAGUGUGCGAGAAGGAGUUUCUGGUGAAGACCUACUUCAAGCAGCAUAUCCGGACUCACGACAAGAAACUGAAGACCCACAAAUGUUCGACCUGUGACAUGGGCUUCUCUUCUGGUUUCUUGCUACGACGUCAUGAGAUUCGACACAGUGGCGACCGCAUGUUCAAGUGUAAGUUCUGUGACAAGACAUACAAGCAUCGUGGGGCUGUGGAGCAUCACCAGAAAAAAGAACAUCAGGACCAGUAUGGAAAGGCUGUCGAUGACUACCUGAACCGUUUCGCCUGUAAUGUCUGCGGACGGACCGGACACACCAAGCAGGUGAUCGAGAAGCACAUCAAGGCCGUGCACCUGAACUUGAGGGACGAACAUUGCCCAUAUAAGGGCUGCAACAAGGCCUUUGUGGACCAGAAUGCCCUGAGGUCCCACAUUGCCACCAUGCAUGACCCGUCACUCCGACCAUUCAAGUGUGACAAGUGUGACCGGAGCUUCUACAGGAAGAAGCAGCUGGACUGGCACGUCUUUUCUCACAACAAAGAUCUCAGUCCUCAUCAGUGUGACAGCUGUGGGAAGAAGUUUGUGUGUGCCCGUACCCUGCGUGAACACGUGGAUGCCAUCCACAAGAAGAUCCGGCCCUACAGCUGCAGCUACUGCUCCAAGUCCUUCUCCAAACAACAUGCCUUGGAGGACCAUCAGAGGAUUCACACUGGAGAGAAGAAGUGGCCGUGUGACUUGUGUGAUGAGAAGUUCAUCAACACUCAUUACCGCAAGGUACACAAGGUCAAGGUUCACGGGAUGGGCCACCAGUGUCCGCAGUGCAACCUGUCCUUCAUGUCAACCCUUGCUCUCGAGCGCCACCAGAAGAGGCACGAGACCGAGAGGAAAACCACCCGUGCGUACCGUCGCAGGCAGCCGAGGGAGUCGGCAGCGGAGGAAGACCCUCCGGUUCCUGCUGUGUUGCCCGCCACAGAGGCGGUCGCAGCUGAAGUUCCAUCCACAUCGCAGGAAAACCAGGCUCCCGCCGCGUCCAGUCAGAGCGACGGUGAGAAGCUGAACUGCGAGUUCUGCCCGGAGAGUUUUGCCACCUUCGAAGAAUGGGAGGGGCAUUUGUCGAAGGUGCACAAGUGCUCUGUGACCGUGCUGUCCGAAACGGGUCCAGAUGCAGAGCCGGUGUACAAGGCUGUCAUCCAACCCACCUCAGAAGAUGGCAGCAUACCCAACAUGACCAAAAUACCUGUUACACAGCCAGAGCCACCACCCAAGAAAGAAGAAACAACCGAAGUUGUCCAAGAAGCACCGUCAGGGGGCGGUACUCUGGUAGCAGAGGCUAUCGCGGACGAGAGCUAUGCCACAAAGACAAUGCUAAAUCUCAUCGAUAAGUUAAACAACGAGAUAGAACAGCCAAAGGAACAGACUGAAACGAGUGCCAUAGAGUCGUUUGAUGUCAUCAGUGGGGAUGACUACGCCAGUCGAACCAUGUUGUCUCUUCUGGACCAGCUCAGCACUGAUGCAGGGCCAACCUCUUCAACUUAGAGACAGUGCAGAAAUAUCUUUUCUUCACUCAUUCAAUGCAACCAUUUACUCAAGUGUCUCAAGUACUUUCCGGUGAAAAACUUAGUGAUACUUUUCCUACUUUCCUUUUUGAUGAAAUUUUCUUGACUUAAAAAGGGAUGCUACAUUGUACUUCUGUGAUAUCUCAUACAAGGGGAACAGGUGAUGGUAGAACUCAACAUUGCACAGAUCAUUUGCAUUCAACAAUUUUCAUGAUAGUGUAACAACACUGUUUCUUAAGACUUUUCCUAAAUGGAAAGUUUAGCAAUGUGACUUGAUAAUACUAGAAGUUAACAUGUAUUACUGGUACUGUCUUGUAGUUCUUUAUUGUGAUGUUGAAGACAUGUAGAGGUAGUGAGUUAACACUUCACAAUGGUGGCAAGUGAUACUAUUUACUUGGUAAGUAGGAUAACAAGGACAACUUGAUCUAUUGUUAUCUUGAAUAGAGCUAAGAACACAGGUUUGCAAUGUGAACUAUGAAGCCAUGUGGUCUAGUCAGUUUAAGUUGUGGUCUAGUUAGUUUAAGUUGAUUAUGUGUUUGAACACUUAGUACCUACAUGUAUAAUAUAGGCAAUACACACCUUCAAUAGGUAUAGACAUCAUUUUCUGUAAAGGCACUGGAAAGACAAAAGUGCCAAUCUCUUUUAGUCCGACAUGGCCAGUCAUAUAUGAACAGUCACUGCCAAAUGUAGCCAUUGGUCAUUCAAGCUCAAUGACUGAUUCAGUAUUUAUGUUUUUAUAACAUUUUAGUACAUGUAUUUCUAAAGACUGUGAUGUAUUAUCUAGUGUUG